GGACCGCCUUACCUAGCCACAACAGCACAAAUCGGGGGGAUCCCAUCUCUCCUGCCGGACGUGCCCAUCUCGGCGGCGCUGCUGGGCCUCUUCCUAGCCGGAGCAGCGGCCAACAUGACGCUGUUCCAGCGCAACCGGCGGCGGCGGUACAAGUUCAUUUUUUCCGUCCUCGUCUUUGGUUUCUGCAUGGCCCGGGUGGUAGCGCUGAGCCUGCGCAUCGCGUGGGCGUGCUAUCCACGCAACGCUCGGCUCGCCCUCGCCGCAAACGUCUUCACCGCCGCCGGAGUCCUCAUCCUCUACGUCACCAACCUCGUCUUUGCCCAGCGCAUUUUCCGUGCCUACCACCCCCUGUCUGGGUGGAAGACCUCUGUCACGGCGGCGUUUUGGACGCUUUUCGGCAGUGCGGGAAUUGUGCUCGCCAUGGUUGUGACUGUCACCGUGCAAGCCGCCCUCACAAGGGAUCGGUAUACCAAAUUGAUCGACCGGCGCGUGCAGCUGUUUUGCGCGACGUACCUGGCGGCCUACGCGCUCCUGCCCGUGCCGCUGGUGAUGGCGGCCGUGGUGGCGCCGCGGCGCACGAGGCUGGACAAGUUCGGCCAGGGGCCCUUCCGCACAAAAGUCGUCCUGCUGACGGCGGCCGCGGCGCUGCUGGCAGCGGGCGCCACCUUCCGCGCCGUCACGGCCUACUUACCGGCGCGCCCCCUCAACGAUCCGGCCUGGUACCAUGCCCGGCCUUGCUACUAUGGGUUCAACUUCGGGGUGGAACUGGUCGUGGUGUUUACGUACGCCUUGGGGAGGUUCGACAAGCGGUUCCAUGUUCCUGACGGGAGCUCCGCGCCGGGUCACUAUUCCUGCCAGGAUUUUGGGCCCGAGGCGGCGGCUAUCGCUGCUGCUGCUGCGGCGGCGGCUGAUAUUAGGAGGUCGAUCAACCCGGACAGCAGCAGCAGGAGUGAAAAGAGUGCUCGCGUCGGCGCUGAGGCGAGUAGGAGGAGCUCGAUUGUGGAAGGGCCGAGCGCGAGGAACAGUUUGGCGAGAGAUGCAGACCUGGCUUGGAUGGCGAGGGCUUUGGUACGUAUGAUCACUAUUACUGCGCGGAUCUUCGUCUCGAGAGGGCUUGGAAAUGCUAACGGCGAUGGUGGUGCUCAACAGCGCGAGUUAUACGGCGAAGACGACGAUGAGUGGAAACACGGCUGGUUGUAA